ACAACUUUUUCUAGGCUUUACACAUCAAACCCAUAACCUUGAAUUCUCUUAAUUCCUUGGUUUCUCAUUCCAUACAAUCAGUCCCUAAGAAAUCCUCCCCUCAUUUUCCAGCACUUUCUUUCCAGAAAGUGCUUUGGCAUUUCCAUAAAUGGGAGCUUGUUGUACUAAGGAUGUCAAUUAUGGAAGGGCCAAGGAGGAUGAUAGGGAUGAGAAUGAAAACCAGUUUGAUGAGGGUGAAACACAAUAUGGGGAUGGUGGGGCUCGUAUAAGGUUGGAAGGACAUUCUAGCUUCAUAUCAAUGUACACCCAGCAAGGAAGAAAAGGCACCAAUCAAGAUGCCAUGACAGUUUGGGAGGAUUUUACUGGUGAUAAAGAAAGGCUAUUCUGCGGUGUGUUCGAUGGUCAUGGUCCCUUGGGUCACAGAGUUGCACGAACGGUACGUGAUAAUUUACCCUCAAAGCUUACUGCAGCAGUAGAAGACUCACAACAUAAUAGAUGCAAAGACUUUGGUGCUGAUGAUGAAGAGGACCAUGAUCAUAAUGAUCACAGUGACAGCAGUCUGGAUAGCAAAGAUAGUAUUGACAAUGAAAAUAGUCAAAAUCUCUCAUUUUCUUCAUGGGAAUCAAGUUUUGUCAAAGCUUUCAAUGAAACAGAUGAAGAACUUGGUCUAGAUUCCUCCAUUGAUAGCUAUUGCAGUGGCACUACAGCUGUAACUAUAGUUAAACAGGAUGAACACCUAAUAAUUGCCAACUUGGGGGAUUCUCGAGCAGUUCUUGGCACUAGAGGAGAUAAUGAUAAACUUGUUCCUAUUCAACUCACAGCUGACCAUAAACCGUGUGUUCCUUCUGAAGCAGAAAGAAUCAAGAGUUGUGAAGGUAGAAUUUUCGCAGCAGAUGAGGAACCUGACGUUUAUAGAGUAUGGAUGCCUGAAUGUGAUUGCCCUGGUCUGGCUAUGUCAAGAGCUUUUGGAGAUUUCUGCAUCAAAGAUUGUGGCCUCAUCUCAACUCCAGAAGUUUGUUAUAGGAAAAUCACAAGCAAUGAUGAAUUUUUAGUUCUAGCAACAGAUGGGGUAUGGGAUGCAUUGUCUAAUAACGAAGUUAUAAGAAUAGUUGGUUCAGCAAAGAGGCGAUCCACGGCAGCCAAAUUGUUAGUAGCUCAUGCGAUUAAUGGCUGGAAAUAUAAAUAUCCUACUUCCAAGGUUGAUGACUGUGCAGCCAUAUGCUUGUUCUUCAAAAGCCAGACAACCAAGUCCAUGUCUAAAAAUAGUAAGAGUAAUGUAAACAACCCAAAGUUUCUUGACUAUAGGUCCAUUAAAUGUUGUGGGAAAAGCCCAGAAUCUGUGAUUGUGAAUGACAACAGGAUUACAGUGAUAGACAGAAUAGGGUCAAAGAAAGAGUGUGGUGCUCUUGAUGGAGGAGUAAGUAGAGUAAAUACGAUAUUGAAGAUUUCUAGGUCUCUCAGCUUUAUGAGUCGGAGGAAAUCAUCAAAGCGUUUUGAUGAGGUUGAAGCUCAUUAAUUAGCAAUGUGAUUUUCAUUUAUUGACAAAUUUAUUCGAAACCCAUCAAUAUUGGGGUUUAGUUUUACCUGUGUAAUUUCAUUCCUUCGAAUUCACAUAUAUAUCUCUUUUCUCUAA